AAGCGUCUAUGUAUUCGUUGGUAUACGACUAAAUUGAACGCGACUACAAUGUACACAAUAUAGGUUAACUUAUGUUUAUAUUUUAUAGUGAUUUAAGAAUAUAAAAGUUAGUUUUUAUCUAGUUUUUAUGAUAAUUAUCAACAUACACAUUCAAUUCUACUUAUACCAACUAAAGAACAUAAAAUAUGAUCUGCAUUAUUCAUUUACUCAUUUAUAGAAUUGAAUAAUGUCUAAUUAGAUAAAUAUUUAGUAUUUAGUAUGCUGGACACUAUAAAAGUUUAACAAAUGGCUCUAUAUGACAAUCCUCACUGGCUUCUCUCAUAUAUAAGAGAUAGUUUUAUUUCUACAGAUGACACAGGUAUGUGUGAAACUGUAAUGGUCAGAGAUGACAUCCCAAAACAUUUACUUAAUAGUGGUGUAUUAUCAGCAUAUCCUAAUGCUGAAGAUAGUGAUGAUGAAGAUCUUGAUGCUCUGGGAGACUCAUAUGAUCUUAAUUUUGAUAUAGAGUUUACUCACAGACAACGAACAAAUACUGCACAGCGACUAGAAAAAAUGGACGAAGAAAAGAAGAAAGCAUCUGAAAUAAAACAUAUCAAGUGGGAAAAUAAUCCUAAUCAUAUUACAUUAGAAGAACAGUGUGAAUUUUUCAAAUUCAAAGAUUUGAAACAAACUAAACCAAUAGUUAAAAUACGCUCAUUAUUUUCUGAACAACUGGAAACAUGUCCUGAUUUACCACAAAAUCCUUUUGUUGACUAUGCGAAAUUUGAUGGAAGUUUUCAAAUAGGACUUGCAGUUAGAAAAUAUAGAAUCUUUAUGUGUAUGCUUCCUAAAGACCAAAGAUCUUAUCCUCUUAUUAUAACUGUUUUGGCAAAUGCUAAAGUCAAAGAAUGCAUUGGUUUUAUUUGUUAUAAAUAUGUUAUAGAACACCCAGACCAACACAUUCAAGAAGAUAUUAGCAAAUAUGGAUUAUACAUUGCCGAAGACGAUGGAGAAGUUGACUGGGAUUUUCCAUGCUUAGAUCCCACUGAAGUUAUUUCAAAAUUUGAAUUCUCAACACUAGGUCUUGUUGAAAUGAAACCAAGUGACAAAGCACGCCAUAAUACUAUAAAAACUAUCGCUGAACAUAAAGAGGAAGACAAGCCCUUGGAUAAGUCACAACGAGAAUUUGCAGAGGAUCUUGCAAAAAUGGAAGGUCACACAACUGCCAUGGAAGCUCCUUUAUAUCAACUUUACAGAGUACAUAUUAUCAAUAAAGUUCGGGCUAAAACAGAAGUACAUCUUGGAAUUUCUGGUGAAAAAGUUGAAAUUGACCCUGUUAUUGCUGGAAAAGGAGCAAGUCGAUUUUGGCAUAGACAAAGAGCUGUUAGUUACCAUAUGGAUAAUGUUGUAUGGUGUGAACUUGUAGAAAGUAAAGGAUCGAAAUCAACCUUUACUUUAGUAUAUACUCCACAUACCUCAGUAACAUUAGAUGGUUUGAAUGUUACUAUUAGCCAUACUCAAUCACUGAGACGCUCUGCAUCAUUCAAAAAUCAUGAUUUUGAAGCAGAAUCUUCUACAGCUGAAGAAAUUGUUAGAAAAAUUAAUCACAUUUUAGAAUUGAGAAGUAGUUCCAUCAGAAGAGAGUACUUAGCUCAAAAGGAACGUAAAGCUUCACGCAGAAAAAGUUUUCAUAUCUACAGAUGACUAAUUUGUAAUUUAUUGACUAGUUUUAAUAAUUUAUUUGUAUUUACAAGCAAUGUCAUUAUAAAGUAAUUUAUUACAAAAAAUAUACAUUUUCAUUAUUUAUGUCUUUUCAAUCAGCAA